AAAAAAAGAAUAACCAUGGGAGCUGAUGGACAGAAGCAGAGACUCAUCAUCAUUGGCGUUUCCACCUUCUUGCUGGUGGCUAUGGUGGUAGCCGUGACGGUUAGCGUGACCCUGAACAACAAGGGAGCAAGCGACGAUGAAAAUGAAGAAAGAAAAUCACACGUGGCUUCCUCUCUGAAAGCGGUGAAAACCCUUUGCGCACCCACGGACUACCAGAAAGAAUGCGAGGACAGUCUCAAUGCAAACGCCGGCAACGUCACCGAUCCCAGGGAACUCAUCAAAAUGGCCUUCAACAUCACCAUCACCAGAAUCAGCCACGGGCUCGGGGAAACCAAGCUCAUGCACGACGUCGAGAGCGACCCCAGAACCAAGGAGGCCCUCGACACCUGCAAGCAACUCAUGAACCUCUCCAUCGAGGAGUUCAACCGCUCCCUCCAGAGAUUCAGCAAGUUCGACCUCAACAACCUCGACCGCAUCCUCACCAGUCUCAAGGUCUGGCUCAGCGGCGCCGUCACCUACCAGGAGACAUGCCUUGACGCCUUCGAGAACACCACCACCGACGCCGGAAAGAAGAUGCAGGAGCUCUUGCAAACCGCCAUGCACAUGACCAGCAACGGUCUCGCUAUCAUCUCCGAGCUGGCCAAGACUCUCUCCGAGAUGCAGCUAUCCAGGUCCGGCCGCCGCCUCAUGACGGCCGACGACGAUUUGCCCAUUCUUGGCCACGACGACGACUUUGACCUUCCCGACUGGGUUGAGAACCGCUUCGGCGUUCGCAGACUCAUGAAAAUGACUGGACGCAAACGCAUGGCCCAUGUGGUGGUUGCCAAGGAUGGCAGCGGAAAUUUCACCACCAUCAACGACGCCUUGAAGAGCGUGCCCAUGAAGAACCUGAGGCCCUAUAUCAUCUACAUCAAGGAGGGCGUUUACGACGAGUACGUUGAAGUUUUCAGAAACAUGACCCAUGUCGUCUUUAUUGGUGAUGGUGGAAGGAAGUCAAGGAUCACAGGAAGCAAAAACUUCGUCGAUGGUGUUGGAACCUACAAAACCGCCAGUGCUGCCAUUAUCGGAGAUUUCUUCGUCGCCAUUGGUAUGGGAUUCGAGAACACCGCCGGCGCUGAAAAACAUCAAGCCGUGGCAUUGAGGGUUCAAUCCGACAGGUCCAUCUUCUACAAGUGCCGGAUGGAUGGGUAUCAAGACACACUUUACGCCCACGCAAUGCGUCAAUUCUACCGCGACUGCACCAUUUCUGGCACCAUCGACUUUGUGUUCGGCGAUGCAGUGGCUGUGCUCCAGAACUGCACAUUCGUUGUGAGAAAGCCGUUGGCAAACCAGCAAUGCAUUGUGACGGCACAGGGCAGGAAGGAGAAGAACCAGCCAUCGGGUAUUGUGAUCCACGGAGGGUCCAUUGUUUCAGACCCACUGUACUACCCAGUUAGGUUCGACAACAAGGCUUACUUGGCUCGCCCAUGGAAGAACUUCUCAAGGACCAUCUUCAUGGACUCUUUCAUCGAUGACUUGAUCACCCCCGAUGGCUACAUGCCAUGGCAGACACUGGAAGGUUUAAGCGGCAUGGACACUUGUUUCUACGCUGAGAUCAACAACCGUGGCCCCGGUGCAGACAAAUCGAAGCGCGUGAAAUGGGAAGGAAUCAAGGCCCUUACCAAUGACGUAGCAACAACAUUCAUGCCAUCACCGUUCUUCCACGGAGAUGACUGGAUUAGGGUCACAAGGGUUCCCUACGACUCUGGCCUGCCCUCCCCCACUCACUGAUCACUUUUAUUCUUCUUCUUCUUCUUUUUGGGAGAGAGCCAGAGUGCGUGUUGCCAAAUUUAAUCGCUCAUUCAUCGCUCUUUCCCUUCCAUUCGUUAAUUGCUCUCAAAUGCAAGUUUGUAUGAACUGGGAUUUUCCUAUUACAGUUCUCUGUGCUUGUAGGGUGCGUAAUUAAUUAAUUAAUUAAUUAGAUUCAUAUUACUUUUGCCUCUUC